AUGCCUCCAAAACGUGGAAAGGAUGACCAGGGGCACAGACAACACAGGAAAAGGACGAAGUCAGAGGAUGACCACUAUCAUAAACGGCCUGCGAUUGAAGUCAACUGGGCUAUACCAAAAGAGAAGGCUAAAUAUAUCUACAAAGACCAGACAUCUCUACCAGACCCACAAUACCGAACACCAAUCUACCAAAUCAAGAAGUCCAAAGACUUGCUAGUCGCAGAUCAAAACCGUCCCAGUGCGUCAUUGCGCAGCCUUUUCAAUGAAAUCAAGAGAAAGAGUACGACGGUGCAGGACGUCCGUUACACCCUCGCUCAUCUCGAGCAAAAUUUCAACGAAGAGGACCAGAACAUUGCCGUAGUGCUUUCACGGGCGGAGAACAAUGAGAUUUUUGUCCUCAAUGUAGAUGAACGACUAGAAGUAACAGUUAAUAACACGCACGCCCAUAUUAAUCUUGUUCGACGGUCGUCUUCGGAGACUAAGGGGCUGAUGGGUUAUUUCAUUAAACUGCCUCGCGAGAUCACAGUAACGGUCAACGGCACUACAUACACUAACAGCGACGACUUACCGUCCACGCCUCUCUACAUUGGGCCGCUCGAAGGGUACGCGAUAAUCGAGCUACUAUCGCAGCCUGUCUUCUUCUUCAGGACUAAGGACAGUUUAAGACAACUAGCGUCAAGUAGAGUGGUCGCUAGAGAAGAGCUUAAUCGUCGAGAUCGAAAUGGCAAUGUUGCUAUGGAGAAUAUUGCGGAGCGAGAUUUCGGGCCGGGAAGAACACUGCUGCUGCCACUCGACAUAGACGGGAAGUACAUUCUGCUAGCUGCUCAAUAUCAGCUUGACAGGCAGAUCAAUCCCACAAUCCUCGAUCCUAUGACAUGGCGAACAACACUGAGUAUUCGAACCUCCAUUUUCCAGCGUGCAAAGGAAUUACUGCUCAACAGCAAGUGGUGCCAAGAUAUGUUUGACCCAUCAAACCACACGAUCGACAACCAUCUCGGUGAUGCUGAAUGGAUCCCGACUGCGCAAAUCACCACCAGCGAUGGAAGCUUCAUAUGUAGCGUACUGAACGCGUGGGCACUGGCUAUGGGUCUCGAACUUAACUCUUCGUUUACCCCCAGCCUCUACGGUUACGAGUCUUUCUUCAUCCAGGCCCAGCAGAUUUUUGAUCUAGCCCUCCGAGGUGAAUUGACAUGGAAGGUCUUGCUCGCUUUCUGCCGGUGCGCCAAAUUUGUUAAGUCGGUCGAUGUCAACGGAGCAGACGGAGAGGUCAAAUUUCCGGAAAGGUUGCGCCAAUUUGACCUGCGCAAGUGCUCCCUUCAGAAUCUUAUCAAUCGUCAAACAGUCUCAGAUACCAAAUCUGAAGGCAAGAUCGACAUGGAUUGA